AUGGAUCACGUCACCGCCCCCGGCACCAUCGACAAGCCUCCCACCUCCUCCACCGACCCGCGCCAGCAAGCCCACCCAGACGCCCAUACCGGCACCACCAAAGACAUUACCGCCCACGACACUGUCCCGACCUCCGCCGACGGCAUCGAGGGCACCAGACCCGGCGCCACCGACGGACCAAAGAACCCAGAUCCAUCAUCUAGUUCUGGACAGGACGGCACCGGAACAGAAUACCACAGCCACAUGAAGGGCACCGCAGCGCCAGGGUCUCAUUCUGAAUUAUUUGGGUUGACGCCCGAAGAUGGGCAGGUACAUCCUCCGCCAAAGGCUGCUCCAGGGAGUGGGCCGGGGAUGGGGGUGAUUGGGACGAGUGGACAUAGGGGAUCGAUGAAUACCAGCUCCUCUGCUCAAACGGGGUUGGAGGGCGGGGAGAGUGGGAAGCCGAGCUUGAUGGAUAAGCUGAACCCGAUGAAGGAUUCAGAUGGGGAUGGAAAGAAGGGCAUUGGGAACUAG